AUGGUUGUGGAGAAGAGACGCCCAGCCUGCCUGCCAGAGCACGCAUGCUACUUCGUGCGGCCCUUCCGGGCUACCGUGCUCUUCCGCAUUGGUAACCAGCAGGCAGCCGACGGCCUCGCUUGGGUUACUUUGGCCCCACACCUAACCCAGCGAAACAUCCCCCCUUCACCCAGUCGUGUCACAUUCGCUCCACCACUGCCCACCUCACAGCCACAGACCGGCGAAUUCAGCUGUGCCAGGUCCUCUGUAACACUCCCAAGGGCCACUGAUCCGAUACCCGCCACCGCAAGCAAGCAAGUGGUGCAGCAGUACCAACCGCCGGGUGAAGUCAGCAUGCUUCUUGCUGAGCAUCUUGCUGCGCCGUGGCACUGUAGCAACCCACUCAAGCCCAUCGACAAUAACUAUGAAGGUUUCUCCGGCGCGGCACUGUGCAAGUUCACACGCAAAGUUAAACACUUCACGUUUAAGGCGUUGGCCUAUUUGUCUCUUCU